AUGGACGUCACGUAUGGCGAAACCCAGCGCAUCUGGGAGUUGUCAGACUCAACCGAUUCGGACCUCGACAACCCACAUCCCUUGGUCCCUGAGGCCUCCGUCCGAACCCUCAGCCCCCAAGAUGAACCCUCGCAGUCUCCUGGCACGUCAGCCGCUUCGCACCCAGGCCUCUCGCUUGAUGCCCUUAGUAUAGGCACCUCCUCGGCCCAGACACCGGAUUCCGCUCCGGAGAGCGAGACGGACUCCGCUUCUUGUGGAAGCUCGUCGGGUGGCAUUUUUGCCACGUUCACGAGAGAAGAGGACGAAUGUGAUCACCAGCAGUAUCAUGAAGAAGACUGUCCAGAAAACGCGAGAAGGCAAACCCACCCUUCCGCUUCGUGCGGCGAUCUACCGUCUUCAGAUUCUGCCUCCUCACCCAGAACGAGGAACUCCUCCUCCUCGCAAGCCAUGCUCAAGUCUCUGCGGAACAGCUGGAAGAAGGUGAAGAAGACGGGCGUCAAAUCCACCACGUCGGCCACCAAGUCGCUGUCCACCUUGUCUUCCACCUACUUCAAUGCCACGCGCUCCGACGCCGCCACGCGCGAAACCUGGGAGGAACGCCACUCACGUAUGGGAGACGAAUGGCUCACCUCCAUCAUCCCCAACUGGUCAAAGAAGAAGAAGACGGCUCGCGUCCGCACCUUAGUCUUUCGCGGUAUUCCGGCAAACGUUCGCGGCCGCGCUUGGCAAUGCGCCAUUGGAAACCCACUUAAUGUAUCAGAGCAGUUGUUCGAGGUUCUCAAGGAACGUGCGUAUUCGGGACGGAUGGAGUACAUUCGCGGUCGCGAAACUGUAGCCAUGGCCGACGGCGACGUGGGCGGUGAUGGCGGGAAGGCGGAGACUUUGUUGGAGAGUGAGCGGAGCGCACACAAGGCUAUUAUGCUAGACUUACCAAGGACAUUUCCUGAGCUUACCUUUUUUCACGCAGAGGGCAGUCACUACGAGUACGCCUUACGAGACGUUCUCGAAGCGUUCCUGUAUCUCAAACCGGAUGUUGGAUACAGUCAAGGCAUGUCCUUUCUUGCCGCAGUCCUACUGUUGUACAUGGACCCCUACGAGGCUUUUUGCAGCUUUGCUAACAUGCUGUUACACAAGAGCUGCUUCUUGCAUUUCUUCAGAAUCAAGAUGCCAGAAGUGCGCUUUUAUCUAACUGUUCACGAUCGACUUUUGAGUGAGGAAAUGCCUGCUCUCCACGCUCACUUCAAACAACAUGGAAUCGAUUCAGAUCUCUAUAUGAUCAACUGGGUGAUGUCACUUUACUGCCGAGCUCUCCCGCUCGACCUUGUCACAAGGAUAUGGGAUGUCUACGUUCUUGACGGAGAUGUGGCCAUUUUUCGUGCUGCUCUCGGCAUCUUGCGCUUCUUUAUGCCCCGUCUUAUGAAGAUGAAAUUUGAGGACAUGGCUUACUUCUUGAGCCACAUUCCGGCAGAAGACCUUCCGGCGGAUGAGUUGCUUCAGUCAGUACGUGCGGUAAGAGUCGUUACUAAAAAGCGGUUCCGGGAUCUGUUCAAGGAGUGUGGAUCGGUGUACAACAAGGCAUCUGAGAAGUAGGACAUCGAAAUGCUUUACAUAGCGGUGGGAGCGAUACAGCGAGUCACCAUGGUCCCUAGUGUAUUGGAUAGGUCAGUUUUCGUUGUUUGUUUUCACUUUGUAGACUAGAGUUGACUGAUUGAACAAGAAAAUUUUGGUUUGUGUCACGUCUAAGAGUGGCAAACAAAUUUCGUUUUUCCAUGUCGGUA